CCUCCGCUACUCCAGCCGUCGCCUCCGCUGCCGCCACCGCCACUGUCGCGGCUUGUGAUUCCUAAAAUGGCUCUGCUGGAUCUGGACAAGUAUGUGGAGAUAGUGCAGCUGUGCAAGUACCUUCCCGAGAACGACCUGAAGCGGCUGUGUGACUAUGUCUGUGAUCUUCUCUUGGAAGAGUCAAAUGUUCAGCCAGUAUCAACACCAGUAACAGUGUGUGGGGACAUACAUGGACAGUUUUAUGGUCUUUGUGAAUUAUUCAGAACUGGAGGUCAGGUUCCUGACACAAACUACAUAUUUAUGGGUGAUUUUGUAGACAGAGGUUACUAUAGUGUGGAGACCUUCACUUACCUUCUUGCACUAAAGGCUAAAUGGCCCGAUCAUAUUACACUUUUAAGAGGAAAUCAUGAGAGUAGACAGAUAACACAGGUGUAUGGAUUUUAUGAUGAGUGCCAAACCAAAUAUGGAAAUGCUAAUGCCUGGAGAUAUUGUACCAAAAUUUUUGAUAUGCUCACAGUAGCAGCUUUAAUAGAUGAGCAGAUUUUGUGUGUUCAUGGCGGCUUAUCUCCUGAUAUCAAAACACUGGAUCAAAUUCGAACCAUUGAGCGGAAUCAGGAAAUUCCUCACAAAGGAGCUUUCUGUGACCUGGUGUGGUCAAAUCCUGAAUAUGUAGAUACUUAGGCAAUCAGUCCCCGAGGAGCAGCUUGGCUCUUUGGAGCAAAAGUCACAAAUGAGUUUGUUCAUAUCAACAAUCUAAAACUCAUCUGCAGAUCACAUCAGCUUGUGCACGAAGGCUAUAAGUUUAUGUUUGACGAGAAGCUGGUCACAGUGUGGUCUGCUCCUAACUACUACUACCGCUGUGGAAAUAUUGCUUCCAUCAUGGUCUUCAAAGAUGUCAACACAAGAGAACCAAAGCUAUUUCAGGAAGUUCCAGAUUCAGAACGUAUUAUCCCUCCCAGAACAACGAUGCCGUAUUUCCUUUGA